AUUUCAAUAAUUUUUCUUUCGCAUAUUAUCAUAAAGUAAAUAAUGCCGAAAGUGCGUCGUAGUCGUAAACCCCCACCAGAUGGCUGGGAACUUAUUGAACCCACACUGGAAGAGCUGGAGCAGAAAAUGCGCGAGGCUGAAACGGAACCGCACGAGGGCAAACGCAUUACGGAAUCACUUUGGCCGAUCUUCAAGAUACAUCACCAGAAGACGCGUUAUAUCUACGAUCUCUACUAUCGCCGCAAGGCUAUCAGUCGUGAACUAUACGAUUACUGCCUGAAGGAGAAGAUCGCCGAUGCCAACUUGAUAGCCAAGUGGAAGAAGUCGGGCUACGAAAACCUCUGCUGCCUGCGGUGCAUUCAGACUCGUGAUACGAAUUUCGGCACGAACUGCAUCUGCCGCGUGCCCAAGUCAAAGCUGGAGGAGGGACGCAUAGUGGAAUGCGUCCACUGCGGAUGCCGCGGCUGUUCCGGCUGAGGCGCCCAUUUGAAAUUCUCGUAAAUAUAAAGACUGUAAAUACGCGUGUGGUUUAGAGCCUUUCCUAGCUUAUCUU